AUGUUGCCUUAUUCAAAUCCUCUAACACAAGUAAUUAUUGUUGCCGUCAUAUGUUUUCUUACUUCUGGAAUAUUUAAUGCGUUGAAUGCGAUGGGUGGUGCCGGGCAGCUUAAUACAGAAGUUGCCUCUAAUGCCAAUGUAGCAUUAUACACUUGUUUUGCCGUAGGUGGACUUUUUGCUGGCCCAGUUGUUAAUAAAAUUGGUCCAUCUUUAUCUAUGGCUCUUGGUGGUUUAACUUAUGCAUUAUAUUCGGGUUCACUCUUAUAUUAUAAUCAUCAACAACAUGAUACUUUUCCUAUAGUUGCAGGCGCAAUUCUUGGACUAGGCGCUUCGCUACUGUGGACGGGUCAAGGUGCAAUUAUGUUAUCAUAUCCAACUGAAUCUGAUAAAGGAAAAUACAUUGGAACAUUUUGGGUGAUUUUUAAUCUCGGUGGUGUUCUUGGUUCUAUCGUCCCAAUUGCUCUUAAUUGGAAUUCAACUGCGGGAUCUGUAAACGAUGGAACCUACAUUGGGUUCAUUGUUCUUAUGGGACUUGGUUCUUUGUUAUCUUUGUUUUUACUUCCACCUGAUAAAGUUGUUCGCGAUGAUGGUCACCCUGUUAGUAUUCAAAAAUUUCCUAAAUGGGCUGAAGAGAUUACUGGCGUUUUAAGAAUUUUCAUAGAUUGGAAAAUGCUUUUACUUUUUCCUAUGUUUAUUGCCAGUAAUUGGUUUUACGCGUAUCAGUUUAAUGGUGUAAAUGCAUUUUAUUUUGACAUUCGUACAAGAGCAUUUAAUUCUUUAUGGUAUUGGGCUGCUCAAAUUGUUGGUGCCUUUUUAUUUGGAAAACUUCUUGACUGGCCAAAAUUCGGAAGAAGAAGUCGUGGACUUAUAGGACUUAGCAUUCUUACAAUAGUAUUAAUGGCUAAUUGGAUUGGUGGUCUCUUUUUUCAACUUACUUAUAAGCGCGAGGAUAGUCCCGUUAAUAUGGAUCUAUAUGAUUCUGGUUAUUUCCCAAGGAUAGUACUCUUUAUUGUAUUUGGUCUAUAUGAUGCUAUGUAUCAGUGUUUUGCAUAUUGGGUCAUGGGUGCUCUUACUAACGGUACUAAUGUGCUGGCAAGAUAUUCCGGUUAUUAUAAGGCAGUUCAAUCUGCAGGUGGUGCUAUAUCCUGGAGAAUUGAUGCUGUUGGAACUUCCUAUCUUGUCCAACUUAUUAUUUGCUGGGCUUUGCUAGUAAUCUCAAUUCCUUUUGCCCUCCCCGUAGUAUUGAAUUUAAAGGAAACUAAUUAUGAUUCUAAAAAUAUCGAAGAGAAAGUUGUCGUGACAAAUAAAUCGGAAAUUCCCGCAUGA